AAUGUCUGUUGAUGCCCAGCUUGAAGGGGGCCAGUCUGUUCUGUCUGAUGCUCAGCAGGGUCUUAAUUCAUUUUGGCCGAAGGUGACUGAGGAAAUCCGACAGCUCACACAGACUGACAUGAGACAGCAAGAGUUACCCUUAGCCCGGAUUAAAAGGAUAAUGAAGCUAGAUGAAGAUGUCAAAAUGAUCAGUGCAGAAGCCCCAGUUUUGUUCAGUAAGGCAGCAGAGAUAUUUAUUUCAGAAUUAACUCUGAGAGCUUGGAUUCACACAGAAGACAACAAAAGAAGAACUUUGCAAAGGAAUGACAUUGCAAUGGCUAUUACAAAGUACGAUCAGUUUGAUUUUUUGAUUGAUAUUGUCCCGAGGGAUGAACUUAAGACACCGAAAACUAGAGAUGAUGCAAGCCGUCCUGGUGUUCCAGCAGACCAGCAUUACUUCCAGAUUGCACAACAUUAUCAGGCAGUAUUGCAGCAGUCAACUGGAAAUAGCAGUAAUAAUUCCCAGACAAGCAACCAGCAGCAAACUACAGCACCACAAACAAUUCAGAUUGUGCAAGCAGGACAAGUUUCCAAUGUACAGACUACAGGAACAACAGUGGUAUCUACAGCUCAGCCACAACAGCAGACACCACAAAUAAUACAGGUUCAGCCCCAGACACAAGCACAGACAAAUCCAGCUCAAGCUUCUUCAGGGGGAGGUAUCCAAAUUAUCCAACAGAUAAUUGGUCCUGAUGGACAAAUUCAGCAAAUUCCUAUACAGCUUACCCCACAGCAGUUGCAGAUGAUACGAUUGCAAAUGUCGGGUGCUACACAGCAGCCGAUUAUAAUCCAGACUGCACCUAUCCAGGCUGUAAGUCAGCAGGCUCAGACAGGUGUUUCUUCUCAGCCUCAGAUUAUUCAACUUCAGCAGACUGGCGGGCAACCAGUAUAUAUAACACAGAACCAGGCACAACAGCAAUAGUUCUUACUGUAUUUCCUUGGAAAACAUCUAUUAAAGGGUGGGAAUGAUUGUUAAGGAUAGAUCUCAUGCUGUAACUACUUUUGAUGCCAGGAUUGAAUAUGUUUUAUAGUAAUUAAAGUAUGGAAAGGAUUCAUCUUUGAGCUGCAAUUGAAAGUUGGGUGAAUUAGAAUACAUGUUUAGUUUUCAUGAUGCCUUGAAAUGUUGAAAAUUCAGUUGUUGGAGUUGAAUGUUCCAGGAAAAGUGCCAAAAGAUUGAUUGUUAAGAGGUAUAUGGUGAAUGCUGUAUUUAGGUUUGUCAACAGAAACUUGCAAGUACUAUAAUGCUGUAAAGACUUUUUAAAUUUCUCUUUGUAUACAGACCUUCUGGAGAUGUUUGUGGUUGUAUUCAUUUAGUCAUCAGAUUCAGAAAAUUCAAAAUGAACUUAAAUCAUCUACAACUGUACUUCUGAAGAAAUAGCAGUGCUAUUACCAGAUUCUCUAUCAUUGUAAAAACAUGCACAGGUAUGCAUGAUGACACAGUAGUAAGGAAGAAUUAAACAAUUUAGGGUUUGUUAUAUAGUACCCAGCAACUAAAGGUGGUAUUUUAGCUAUUUUGAUUUUUUACAUUCUGUCUGUUGUGUAAAGGAAUUUACAUAACCAUUGUUCAGUUGAUGAAAUUGUAUUAACCUUUAUUUUACUUGUAAUUCAUUGUUUUGUACUGUACUUUAUCUUAAAAUAUUCUGUUUUAUGUGACUAUUUGUAGAGCUCUGAAGGGUUCUUGUUAAUGAACACUAGACUGAUGUAUACAGUGAGAGCAAGUGUCCAGAAAUGUACUUAUGGAUAUAGGCUUGGCUAUAAAAUGUUUCAUUCUUUCAGUUCUAAAUUUUGGGAGAAGCUGCAAGAUUUUUUGAAAGAGAGCCACAGCCAUAUUCCAGCAAUAUGUGUAUCCCAUUAGGAAAUCUCAAAUGAUUUAUAUUCCUUGGAAUUGUAUUAAAAGAAGAUUGGUAGUAUUAAUGUCAUAGCAUUGGCAGUGUGUAGUAGGAUUGUUUUUAAUGAACUAAAAGCUUCAUCUUUUCAUGAAAGUUCUUGACUUUUUUAUCAAAGUUUUUGUAACAGAUAUUUUUGCCCUCCGGUAUUCUACUGCUGUUUUUGUAUAUGGAUAAAGAUUUGUUUAAAUAUUGUAUAAUUAAAAGUUAUGUUAGCUCUUUCUUAUUUUUGUAGGACAAUUGAGAGGGGAUUUAACUAAUGUUCUCUGUCAGCAGAUUAUAUUCUACUUGAUAGGAUUACAAUUCUGAAUACAGUAUGACACCUUUAAAUUUUCCCUUUUUAAAUAUCAUAUGUACCUUGCUAUAAGUAAAAAUUUACUCUGAUUUUAUGGCAGGUAUUAUUAUUAAAUUUGACUUGCUAGAAAGGUUAUACAGUAGAUAUACCAUUGCAAAGGGAAGAAACCUGUAAAGAUAAUUUAAUUACAUCUUGCAUUGGAAUUUUAAAUAGUAAGCUCAUUUUAAUGGAUAUAUCCAAGAGAGAUGUGUUAAUGAUGAAGACAACCACUGACAUCAUUUUGGAAUAUGUAGAACACAUCCUUUCCACAAAGAGAUUUGUUAUCAUCACCACUCAGGUAUUUUUAUUAUCAAAAGGUUCAUUGGUGUUGAUAAUACAGGACUAUAUUCCAGAUAAGAAGAAACACAGUUGAUAAUGAUGAGGAUUAUUGUGACUUGUAAAUAAUGACACAAGUAAAGUACUCUUUAAAUUAGACUUGAAUCCUAAUGUUAGUGCCUGGUAAAAAUUUGUUCCCCUGUUUGACUUGCAGUUUCAUAGAAUCAUUGCUUGAAUUUUGCAAGAUUUGACUUUUUAAUGAGGAACAACUCUACUGAAGCUGUUUAACAAUUCAGUACAAUUAUGGUAUCUGAUAUCUAAGUUAUGCACAUAUUUUUUCAGAAUGAAUUAUAUUAAGACAAUUUGUACAUUGUCAUUAAGAUACUGUUUAAUGAUUAUGAACUGUAUAUUACUUUAAAAAUAAAUUUGUCAUUUACAGUACAAUAAGCCUUA